AUGAACAAGCUUCCACCGGAACUGAUUGAUGCCAUCGGAAGCCAUUUUGAUUACUCGGACUAUGUUAUUUUGACCCGGGAGGCUAUUGCGGAGCUUGAAGACCUCACCUCGAAUGAAUCAUUCAGAAAUGAGGUAAAGGAAUUGAGCCUCAUACCUCAAGUCUUCGGAGACUACGGGGUGGACCUUGAUGCCUUCACAAGUAUCCUACACUUGUGUGUUCCGGAGAGUCAAGAAUGGACAGCCAAAGAAGUGCAGGCGCAGUAUGCGAUCUACGUGGCCGCCGAGACCGAUCACCUAGCAUUUGCCGAGUCCGCUAGCUUAGUAAGGAGUCUUACUCGAUGCCUAAGCCGAAUGAGAAAUGUCUCUACUAUAGGGCUGCGAGCCUAUCCUUCCCAACGGUUAUGCAAAGAAAAGAGCCCUCAUGUCUGCCUCGGCAGGCGCGCCUUACAGGAAAGGCUCCCUUUUGGCCCUUGCGCACAACUCCUGGUGUCCAGUGCACGGCGCUCAGCUGACCCGUCUCCGAGCAUGCGGCGCGUAGUGUGGGAUAUGUGGGUGGACAUAAGACAUCCAGUCUGGAUUAAGGGACUUACCAGUCUCCUCGAAGCCAUGUGCGCAGUGUCCCCACCUUUGGCAGUUCAGAGGCUAUAUACCUGCCUAACCGAGGACGAACUUGCGGUACCCCCUGACUGCUUCACUCUAUCGCAACACCUCUACCACAGCCUGCAACCAAUUCUUCAUGUGCUAGUGGAUCUAGAUAUUUGUCUCGGACCCCCAAAGCCGGAAGAUACUGCGGAGUCCCUUCAUUGUCUUGUCAUUCGGGCUGCUCCAAAUCUUCAAAUCCUCCGGCUUACUCUGUGGGAUCAAUUCCAUGAUCUAAGCCCGGAUCACUUCACCAACCUGGCUCAACAAGUCCAGUUCACCCGCCUCUCGGAACUUCAUCUUCACUGGGUCGAGCUCACUAUUCCCGGCUUCCAACUCUUCUUACGCACGGCCGCCCCAACCUUGAAGGUCUUGACCCUUGUCGCAGUUAGCUUAAAUGGCCCCGUCCCAGUAGCCAGGAGGCCUGCACCAGAGCUUCGUGAGGCUAUAUCCACUGUCUGGCGUGGGUUCUUGAACACUCUGCGUGAUACCAUUCCGACUAUUCGCUCCGGAUGCGGAAACUUGCCUAUCGCCAGAAUACGAUUAGAGUGACAGAUCUAUCAAGAAAGACGACGAUUGUACUUAGGGGUUCUCGCAUCGUAGACAAAUCAGCCUGCGGCAUCUUUUACAAUAUCAACACGAGAAUGAGCUUUGCUGAAUGGAUCGAUCAGUUAGAACUGAGCCCACAGUACGAUUGCUUUAUGUUGUUCCGUCUACCAAGACAUCGCGGUAUGUUG